AUGUCUAAGCAAAUCCCAACCCCCAAAGGUUACCCUUUCAUCGGCAAUGUGCUCGAUGUGAACCCAGACCACCCUCAGGAAAGUCUUGCACAAAUUUCUGAAUCAUAUGGACCGAUCUUCAGACUCUAUCUUCCAGCUGAAAGGAUCUUUGUUGCUAACUACGCCCUCGCAAAAGACCUGUUUGAUGAGGCGAGAUUCGAGAAAGCUGUUAUAGGUCCUCUGGAACAAGUCCGUAAUGCUACUAAGGAUGGCCUGUUCACGGCGUACCCAGGAGAGCACAACUGGGAGGUUGCACAUCGAACCCUCAUGCCAGCUUUUGGGCCUCUUUCUAUCCAGAACAUGUUUGGUGGUGCGUGUGGUAUAACAUUUAGUUCUGGAGUCCUUUUCUAA